CAACUGAAGCCUAAUUUGGUUCUAGAAUAUGCUGGAGAAACGACCUUCCAGUGUUGGAUCAAACUUUUUUUUUGGUUUGAGGAACUGUUUCUUCCAAGGCAACCCAGUCGAUAUUGAAACUUUCUCAUUGUUGGAAACUUGGUUUCCCUGGAUUGAGUUAAAUCUGCCUUCCUGAUAUUUCUGACCAUUUUGAUCCUGGAUUCUUCCUUUGGAUUUUCACAGAAAAAAAUCGAGUCCCCUUUCCACACAGCAGUCCCUUAGCUGCUAUCAUUAUGUUAUUCCUGAGGGCUCAUCAUGUGAAGGGCACGGUGCUAGGACACGUACACACUUAAUCCUGGCAAAAACCCCAUUGACGUGUUAUGCCCAUUUCACAGAUUGACUCGGGCAAGGUCUUCAAACCUUAGACAGUGGCUUUUGCACUUUGUCGAGGCCUCCUCCCUCCCCGAGGGAUUGGGACACCUCUCCGGCCUGCCUGUCGUAUUCAGCAUGCAGUCAGCUCUGUACACCUGGACCUGUGAGGUCACCCACAUCCUCAAUUUGGAGGCUGUUUUUGUCCAGGUGCAGGCUUUCCGGCACUCUCUCUCUCUUAAAUUUCAUCCUACUCAUUUGGCCUUUGGGAUGCAAAUAUAUAUAUAUAUAUAUGAGAAUGCUUUCUUUGUAUGGUACAAAGCUAGAUUUGAAAAAAAGAAAAAAGGACCAGACCCAAUUCCUGCCCUGAAAAGUUUGUAAUCUCGUUUGCACCAUGAGGCAUUCAUAGAAAAAGAGACUUGGAUGAUGCAGGCCGUACUUCUGAGCUGCUGUCUCUCUCUCCCUCUCCCUCUUUCUCUCAUUCCUGUGUCAAUCACGGUGUGUGCCGUUUUUCUGAUGGUCUUACACUUGUUUAUAUUGAACUGUUACUUAAAUCCACCACGGUCUGUUACCUUCCCUCUAACAGCGCAUUUUGUCCCCAACAGGACACGAAAACAUCUUUACAUGUAAGGUGAUUUUAUGCAGUGGUUGAGGCAUAAGGGGUUCCAUUGGUCAUGGAUCAUCGGAUAGGGAGUGUCUGUUGGUGUCUGGAGUUUGCAGAAAGGAUACUGGAUCUGAGGUCAAGGAAGGUGGGGCUUCUUCCUCCCAUCACACCUCAUCACACCACCAGCAUCUCGAAGGUACCCGGCGGGGCCCAGUGCAGGAGCCCCUGUGUGAACGGUGUGUCGGGGGAAAGUCAGUGGAGCCUUCAUUACAGGGAAAACCCCUGACCCCCAGAUGGGGGUCAGUAUCUAUGAGGCUGACCUCAUUUGCGUUGGUUUGGUAGUUUUCAAAAUAAACCUCCAGCAAAUGCGUUCUGAGGUCCAGAGGAAAGACACGACAGUGUAAGGAGAGGCUCUUCUUGUUUGGAAAUAACUUCAUUACUUCAUGGGAAGCUGGUAGGGUCCAACGGCAGCAUUCUGUUGAGUGGUGGCCGGGCAGGUGACUCGAGGCAUGAGCCAGCCCUCUGAAAGGAGAGCCCGGGGUGGCCCGGGACAGCCGUGCUCUGUUGUGUGACUCAGGUGGGUGAAGUUGGAGCGGGACCUCGCCGGGAACAAAGAGGGGGACCGAGCUUCGGCACACGUGCUCUUUGUCGCUUCAAGGAAAAGUGCUUCAUUGAGGCUGGCUUUCUGGAAUCGCGGGCAAUCAUCUGUGUCCUUUAACUGACAGGAAGGAACGUUGGAGAAGCAGUGUUGUCUCUCACCAUCUGGGUUGUCUGUCUCCUUUCAGAAACCAGUUAAAGAGACUUACUAUCUUGUGUGGGCGUGGAAUUGCCUGUUUCAAAGAUGAACCACACGGAACGUGAUCUCCUGGUCCUCUUGGACAGCAGUGCAUCUCCUGUCAGGUCCAGUUCCCGAGGGAGACAUUUCCCCCUUCCUUUGUCUUUGGCCACAGAGAGUUAGAGGGGGCACGACUCUCGUCUUUCCUUCCAAAGUCCAUGCAGCCGACCUGGGCACACUUGGUGUUCCGGGUUCUAAGGGUUUGUGGGCCGUGGGAUCGCUGGGUGAGACCGGCUUGUGCUGCGAUUGCUUCUGGGUCCUGGGCUUUUACGGGACAAUUCCUGGCCACGGCUCCCGGUGCCCCUGGAGCUCCUGGCUUCCUGGUCUCCCGCUGUUAGGGAUCUUGAAUGAAUAGGGAGUGUGGAUUUUGGGCACUGAUUCAUCACUCCUUUCAGAGGGCUCUUAAACUGGGAAAGCCGCCAGUGGGAUCAAAUUUUCAUUUCCUGAAACUUCAACCAACCCUAUAACUGGCGAGAUAGCUCAGAGGCACAGGGAGUGACAGUCACCGAGGGCAGAGAAACCAGGGGUUAGAAUGUUCUCUGGGGCAGGACUCGCCUGAAACUAAUCCGAGGAAGGUGCGAGCUUUUCCUGCUUAGACUAGAGGGUAUUGUGCUGCUGUCAAGUCUCAGAACCCUCUCUCUUUACAGAGCAGACGUAUGAAAGGUUAUUAAUAUGUGAUAAGCACACCCACUUAAAGGCUUAAACGUCAUAUAUAUUCUGAAUGGUGAUCUCUUCCUCCUGUAUAUUGCUCAGGUUUAUUUCCUCAUACUCGGAAAAGUGUUGACUCUUUUUUUAAAUUUUAAAAAAAUCUGAAAGCUAUCAGUACAAACGGGUUCUUUUAUUUUAUCUUUGCAUGAAGAGUAAAUAAAUGAUCUGGUGCAUCUUUCUUGUGACUUGUUCGAGGAGGUUUCCUGAGAUUAAACAGCCAUACUUAUAUUUUUAUUUAUAGCAAGUUAAUAUUUUUUUAACACCUUUAUUGGAGUAUAAUUGCUUUACAAUGGUGUGUUAGUUUCUGCUUUAUAACAUAAUGAAUCAGCUAUACAUUUACAUAUGUCCCCAGGGUUUUCGUUUUUUUAAUGUAAUGAGUCAAAGAAUAAUUUUGCUCUGGAGUCAGAGAGGCAGUGCCCGGCAGGAGCUGGCUCAGUUGCCUUUGGCUCCAUUGGAUUUUCAGAGCUGGUGGAGUUGGUAUCUUGAGCACCCUUUCCAGAUGCAAAUCUGCAAAUCUGCAAAUGCUACCAAUCAGGCCCAUCCUGCCUCUGUGGGCUGUUCAACAUUUAUCAGCUUUAUGAUCACUUUAUUUUAUUUUAUUUUAUUUUUUGGCUGCGUUGGGUCUUCGUUGCUGCACGCGGGCUUUCUCUAGUUGCGGCGAGCGGGGGCUACUCUUCGUUGCGGUGCGCGGGCUGCUCAUAGCGGUGACUUCUCUUGUUGCGGAGCACGGGCUCAGUAGUUGUGGCUCACGGGCUCUAGAGCACAGGCUCAGUAGUUGUGGUGCACAGGCUUAGUUGCUCCGCGGCAUGUGGGAUCUUCCUGGACCAGGGCUUGAACCCGUGUCCCCUGCAUUGGCAGGCGGAUUCUUAACCACUGCGCCCCCAGGGAAGCCCUUUCUGCUCACUUUCAUUUAACAAAAGCGUAUGUAGCACUUCCUGUGUGCCAGGCGCUAAGAGCUUCUUUAUCAACUCAUUUUACGCCCCUAACAACCCUGUAGUGGGUGCUACUGUUAACCCCUUUUGCAGACAAGGAAACCAAGGCCCAGAAACAUUAACUGAGUUGUCCCAGGUCACAGGUAGUGAGUGACUGAGCUGGGGUUUGGAUCCAGAGUCUAGUCAUCUCGCUGUCUGCAUCUGCUGUGUGCCAGGCACUUUACAGAUGAAAAAUGAUCAGACCUGAUCUGGCCAGCUCUGAAACCCAGAGCUUUCUCACUGUGGAUGGGGUCCUGUGGAGGCGUGAUUGUGAAGGCCGUUUCUUGGAGUAUUGUUUGGUCAAUUCAGGGCAGCCAGGAGUGGUGGAUAAAGGCCAUUAUUUGCUUAUGAUGGGAAGAGUGACAUCAGAUAAGCCUUUACUAUAAAACUUUUUACAUUGAUGGUCUUUCUAGAUACUGCUGUUCACAAACGUCUGCAAACAAGGUGACCCAGGGCUUUCUCUUCAUUACCGAUAUCCUUAGAAACCACCCAAGUGGUUAGUUCUGAAUUUCUUUCUUUUCUGGAUUUGGGAUAGUGAGUGGAGUAGCACGUGGGUAUGGGUGUGUUUUAUGGAAUUUCUCAAUAUGUUUGUUUAUUAAGAUUGGGGCGGUUCCGGGCAGAUUAUUUGAAAAGUCAGGUGUGGCCCCCACGUGGGUCUAAGCUCUAGACCACGUGCUCCACGGUGGGGUCGGUGGCAGCUCCACCGUCCCAGUGGAAGCUCUGCAGAAUCUUAUCACACCUGCCAUGGCCUGGGCACGUGCGGUGUCUGCCUGCGCCCUCGCGUUGAAUCCUCACUUGAGCAAUCCAGAGUGAUGGCUGCGUCUGCUUCUGUCCGAGAUUCAGAGAGGUCGGUUGCCCAAGGACACCUCAGGGUGUGACACUGCCAGGAGCUGACCCAGAUUUUUGCCUUCCUUCACCUCCACCCGACUCAACGGUCUACAAGUCCCUGUGCAUGUUUCUCUUUCCCUGGAUUCUCCUUGGGGUGGAGGUGACGUCGGGGAAGUCUGGGCCUCCCGGUGGGAGCUGGGUGAGUGCCGCAGGCCCUGAGCUUAACAAGCAAGUGGGUCCCAGUCUUCUUCAGGGUAAACAGCGGCAGGAGGAGGUGGUGAGGUGAAGGCGAAGGUGAGCGGGCAGAACCGCCGUGCUUCUGGCGAGAGGUCAGCUUGGACGUUCCAAACACCUCCCUUUACCUGAUGCUGCUGAUAAAAUCAGGAUGGCUUUAAACUCGGGAUCACCACCAGGUGCCGGGCCUUACUAUGAGAACCAUGGAUUCCAACCCGAAAGCCUCUACCCUCCGCAGCCGCCCAUGGCCCACCGUGCCUACGCGGGGUACCCGGCUCGGUACUACCCGCCCGCGGUGCCCCAGUACACCCCGAGGGUUCAGACGCACACCUCGACACCCGUCAUCCUCAUGCAGCCCAAACCCCCGUCGGGGACAGCAUGCACCUCAAGGACUAAGAAAGUCCUGUGUGUCACCUUCACCCUGGGGGCCCUGCUGGCGGGAGCAGUCCUGGCUGCUGUGCUGCUGUGGGAGCUCUUGGAGGACCAGUGCUUGGGGAUGGAAUGCAGCUCCUCGGGGACCUGCGUCAGCCCCUCUCACUGGUGCGACGGCAUCCUGCACUGCCCCGGCGGCGAGGACGAGAACCGGUGCGUUCGUCUCUACGGACCCAACUUCAUCCUCCAGGUGUACUCGGCUCAGAGGAAGUCCUGGCACCCCGUGUGCCAGGAUGACUGGAGUGACAGCUACGGGAGGGCAGCGUGCCAGGACAUGGGCUACCCGAAUAGUUUUUUUUCUAGCCAAGGAAUAGUGGAUGACAGCGGGGCCACAAGCUUCAUGAAGCUGAAUGUCAGUGCCAACAAUAUCGAUCUCUAUAAAAAACUCUACCACAGUGAUGUCUGUUCUUCAAAAACUGUGGUUUCUUUACGCUGUAUAGAGUGCGGGGUCUCGGGGAAGACGGGACGCCAGAGCCGGAUCGUGGGCGGGUCGAGCGCCGCCCCGGGGGACUGGCCCUGGCAGGUCAGCCUGCACGUGCAGGGCACCCACGUCUGCGGAGCCUCCAUCAUCACCCCCGAGUGGAUCGUGACCGCCGCCCACUGCGCGGAGGAACCUCUUAACAAUCCCAAGAUUUGGACGGCCUUUGCAGGAAUUUUGAGACAAUCUUUCAUGUUCUAUGGAAACGGAUACCGUGUAGCAAAAGUGAUUUCCCACCCAAAUUACGAUUCCAAGACCAAGAACAAUGACAUCGCUCUUAUGAAGCUGCAGACGCCUCUGACUUUUAACGACAGAGUGAAACCAGUGUGUCUGCCCAACCCGGGCAUGAUGCUGGAACCGACACAGUCCUGCUGGAUUUCCGGGUGGGGGUCCACCUACGAGAAAGGGAAAACCUCGGAUGGGCUGAACGCGGCGAUGGUGCAGCUCAUCGAGCCCUGGCGGUGCGACAGCAAGCAAGUGUACGGCGAUCUCAUCACGCCGGCCAUGAUCUGUGCGGGGUACCUGCAGGGAACCGUCGACUCCUGCCAGGGUGACAGCGGAGGCCCUCUGGUCACUCUGAAGAGCAGCAUCUGGUGGCUGAUCGGGGACACGAGCUGGGGGUCUGGCUGUGCUAAGGCUUACCGACCGGGAGUGUACGGAAACGUGACCGUGUUUACAGACUGGAUUUAUCAACAAAUGAGGGCAAACAGCUAAUCCAUACAGCCUGGGUCCUUGACACCAUUCCACAAGAAAAUGAAGGGGCUGAUUUUUAAUCGCCGUGCACAAUUAUUUUUAGAAAUGACUCCCAGGUCCUUUUGUUUUUAUUAAAUAGUGAACCUAUCUGCCUUUGGCACGCUCCACAGUUCUCUGCAGGCCACGUGGCCUCCCCCACCCUGGACCCACACUCCCGGGCCCCUCGUCUGACAGGGGAGGCCCAGCUGGGUGUGGGCACGCAGGGCCAGUGCAGAGCAGAGGGAACGGGUCUGUCCCACGGGGACCUCCCUUCCAAGCCCCACUCCAGGGGCCCCUCUUGGAUGCACAUGGGGCUGCUGACUUCUCAGCUGUUGGACGGCUUGAGACGGGAAGGGAGGAAGCCAGGUAGAACCUGCAGGGGCCACCUUCUGGGGCCAUAGCCAGUGAGGGCCACUUGGGGUAGCCCCAGGGCCUGUCUCCCCAUGAGGGAUUUUGCUGAUCAUUUUUUAGUGCCUUCUUAGCAGCCCUGGAAGGUGGCUGGAAAUAAAGGGACCAGCCCUUCAUGGGUGAUGACUGGAUAGCCACUUGUCAGGGCACUGAAACCUUUUUUCCUUCUUGGUGGGGGGGUGAGGGUGUAGACGGAGCCCUCAAAGCAGAUGUGUUCAGUUCUGAGCACUGCUGGGGCAGGGGGCCCCUGCCUGUUGGGUGGGGCUCUGUCCAGGGAGACCAGCCUUACCCCAUGUCUCCAUCCUGUCCCUCUCCCCGGAGACUGUGCUACACCCCACCCCCUACUGUGGUCCCCACCCCGAGUGGGGUGCCUGCUGACCCUCUUAAGUCCUGCUAAUCACGUGGAAAUUGAGGUGACCCAGGGCAAUCAGGGAUGCUGAUUAAAGAUACACUGUUUCCUGUAAAGUUUCUACAUGUUACUACCUCAGUGCUCAUGGAAUCUGGGCCGUGAUCCUCUAAGUAGCUCUACACUUGGCUCUCUGAAACUACUGUUGUCUUUGCCUGUGUGAACAGCAGUGGACUUGAGCUGCUCUUACAAAGUGCCUGGCUCCGAAUUUAAUGCUCUGUAAAUGACACGCUAAAGCACAGCA